UCGCCAGUCCCACCCAAAAAGCCGGCGUGGCCGCUCUCGUGUUUCUCUCUGUCAACGGUCUUCAAUCCCGUUCUGUGUUACGUGCAUUGUUUCAAUACUUUCAAUUGUUUGGUUAGAAGGGAGUUUUUGAUGAGACAGAUUUAUUUAUCGGAAUCAUUUACGAGCGGUUUAUGCACGAGUCAGUCGGUUUCAACGUAAAUUGCGGGAUACGGGCGCUGUCAGAUCGUUCGUCAAACAGCGAUAGUAAAGGGAAGAGAUGUCAUUUUAGAAGCAUCGAAGGUGCCUGACCCGCGAUACAUUUUGCAAAUUUUCUGAAUUCGUACUUGAUUUUGGACUUGUUGAUUGUGCUUGACGGUCUUUUGGCACAUUCAAAUCCGGUGUAAUUAUUCUCGGUAAUAAGAUUCCUCGUUAAUACUAAAAAAAAAAAAUGGAAGCCCCUGUGGAAACAGUCUAUCGUCCCCAAAUUUCUCUGUUGGUUAUCUUGAGCAACGAUUGAAAACUAUAAAUACGUCGAGAAAACAUGUGCAGAUGUUACGGACUACUAUUGGGUGGAUGACAGGCUUAUCAAGGAUGGAUCCCAACAAGAGAUCAGGAGUGAUUAGUAACACUGCCGCGCCGUCUGAGAGCUCGGACUCUAUAGAGGUGGACAAUUCACGUACAGUCCUGCUAAAGAUAGCAACACUGUACGCAGAGCGUCUUAUGAAUGAUAUUUGUCUUGUUGUGGAUGGCGUGGAGUAUCCGGCACAUCGACUUAUACUCUGUGCUUCUAGCGAUGUUUUCCAAGUAAUGCUGAUGAAUCCGCAAUGGAGCGAGUCUCAGGAAACCAGGGUAACUCUCCAGGAAACGCCACAAUGUGCGCCAAUAUUCAGCGAGUUUUUGCGGUAUUUUUACACUGGCCAGAUAAGAAUAAACUAUAGCGUCGUUCUACCGAUAUUGUCCCUAGCCGAUAAGUACAACGUCAAAGAUUUGAUAUCGUUGUGCCUUGACUACAUGCGAAAUCACAUCGCACUGGCCGCCACGCACGGCACAUUGGUAUCGUGGCUGCAAUACACGCUGAACUGUGGGCAUCAUGACAUCAGCCAGGCGUGCCAGAACUUCAUCAAGUGGAAUUUGGAGCUUGUGGCCAGGACUAGCCAGGACUUUGGUAAUUUCGAUCUAGACAUCCUAGUGUCCCUGCUGCAUCAGAGUAGCUUAGUCGUGAAGGACGAGAUGACGCUCUACAAGUGCCUAGAAUAUUGGCUGAAUUAUCAGGCGGGUCGUCUGAGAACGCAACUGCCGCCGGACGAGGUGGAGGCGACGCUGUAUCAGCUGGUGAUAGCGGUGAUGUCGCCCGUUCGAUUUCCAAUGAUGUCGCCGCGGCAAUUGGCGGAUCUGCUGUUGUCGCCGUUGACGAAGAAGUACAAGGAGUUCUUUGUGGAACGUAUGUCGAUUGGCAUGUCCUUCCAUUCGGGUCAGAUCAACAGAGUGAGGGAGGUCAGCAUGAGCGAGGAGGAUGGCGCGUUGCUGUUCGAGCCGAGAUUGUACACCGUUGACACGUGUAGCUCGUUACUGACCAUAGAGAACUUUCACAGUUUACCAUCUUACCACAUGAGGACACUUGUAUUCUCUAGUCACUCCAGUUUAGCGGAGUAUGCAGGCGAUAAGGUGUGCGAGUGGGUGGUAGAUAUUUAUCCCAAGGGCGUGUGGUUCAAGAAGUUUUUCCUUAUAGUCUGGCAGGGCACGGUAGAGAUGCCCGAGCACGUCAAGCGAUCGGUGAGAUUGUCGUUGACCUGCAAGGAGCCGUUAAAUAGUAACAUGCGCGUGAAAAUCGGUGUUUUGAUUUACGGCUUGCAGGAUGGUGUUGAGCAUAUUGCGAGAGUUACCGAGAUUAUUCAUAGAUUCAGUAAGAAGGAUCGCGUCCUGAAUUUGGACGACCUCCUGCCGUUCGAGGAGCUCAAUCCGCAACAGGGCUCAGUAUCGGAAAAUGUAGUGUCUCCCUUUUUAGUGGGCCCCAAUAAGGACAUGCUCAAAUUACAUAUUGUUAUAUCGCCAGCGAAUUAGCGUUUACACAGUCCACGAUACAAAAGUAUUACAGAGAGAGGUAAAUGUAAAAAUAUUCGUGUUCUACAUUUUUACAAGAAAUGCAUAAGAAAAUAUGAAUUUUAUAUUUCUAAGUA